GGUAAACAGGCUCGGGCAGUAAAUCGUCCGCUGCCCCAGAUUAGUUCCGUGGUUAAAACAUGGCGUCCGCUGCGCUGAAGGUUGCAGUGGCAGGAAUUUCCAGAUGUUCUGGCGUCUCACUCCUGAGGGCACAUUCAACGACGGCGUCCCCCAGUCGGGGCGUUCCCGCCUCCCUGUGGAAGCUGGGUAAACUCAACCACGUGGCCAUCGCUGUUCCCGACAUGGAGAAGGCCACGGCUCUGUACCGCGACGUGCUCGGCGCCAAGGUGAGCGACAGAGUGCCCCUGCCGGAGCACGGCGUCUACACCGUGUUCGUAGAGCUGGGCAACACCAAGCUGGAGCUGCUCCAUCCUCUGGGCGAGAAGAGCCCCAUCUCUGGUUUCCUGCAGAAGAACAAGUCCGGAGGGUUGCACCACAUUUGUAUCGAGGUGGAAGACAUCGACGCUGCCGUGGCCGACCUGAAAGCGAAGAACAUCAGGACUCUGUCAGAGGAACCACGGGUCGGCGCUCACGGGAAGCCGGUCGUGUUUCUUCACCCUAAGGACUGUGACGGUGUGCUGGUGGAGCUGGAGGAGGCCUGAACGGAGCCUGGAAGCUGUUUAUUAACGUCUUUAAACUCCAGAGACACUUGGAUAAAAACAGUCAUUAGCUCCUCAGUCCAGGGAACCUGUCAUGACUUUCCUGUUCUGGUCUGAAUUAAUUGCAGUCUGCUGUGUUUUGACUCCAUAAAGGGUGAUGCUAAUGAU